GAUAGAAAGCAGAGGCAUUUGUGGAGCAGUGUAUAACCUAAUCAGAUACAAAUGAGAUGAGAACAGUCCCUGUUUCUUUGGUGUCGAGAGGAUCACAAAAGAGCCGUUCUUCUGCUUUGCAAAACUGAAUUCCAAAGGCCCUGCUUUGCACUGGAAAGGAGUGAAUGAGAUGAACUGUUUGGGUUAUAGUAUCUGAAAGGCUAAAUUAUUCUCUUGGAGAGACGUUCUAAAUGAGCCUGACCGAGAUCCUGGAUCUGUGUGAAGAGGACUAAGGAUAUAGGAUGUCAACUGAGACAGAACUUCAAGUGGCUGUUAAAACCAGCACAAAGAAAGACUCCAAAAAGAAAGGUCAGGAUCGCAGCGAAGCCACUUUGAUAAAGAGGUUCAAAGGUGACGGUGUCCGCUACAAGGCCAAGCUGAUCGGGAUCGAUGAGGUUUCUGCUGCCCGAGGGGACAAGUUAUGCCAGGACUCCAUGAUGAAGCUCAAGGGAAUUGUUGCUGCGGCUCGAUCAAAAGGAGAACAUAAACAAAAAGUCUUCUUAACAGUUUCCUUUGGGGGAAUCAAAAUCUUUGAUGAAAAGACAGGGCUACUCCAGCAUCACCACGCAGUUCAUGAAAUUUCCUACAUUGCAAAGGAUAUCACAGACCACCGAGCGUUUGGAUACGUGUGUGGAAAGGAGGGAAAUCAUAGAUUUGUGGCAAUAAAAACAGCCCAGGCAGCUGAACCUGUAAUCCUGGACUUGCGAGACCUGUUUCAGCUCAUCUAUGAACUGAAGCAAAGGGAAGAAAUGGAAAAAAAGGCACAAAAGGACAAACAGUGUGAGCAGGCGGUAUACCAGACAAUUUUGGAAGAAGAUGUAGAAGAUCCUGUAUACCAGUACAUUGUGUUUGAGGCUGGACACGAGCCCAUCCGUGAGCCUGAAACGGAGGAAAACAUUUAUCAGGUUCCUACCAGCCAAAAGAAAGAAGGUGUUUAUGAUGUGCCAAAAAGUCAACCUGUAAGUCUGGAGAAUGGAAACUUAUUGCUGGACAUUGAUGAAAAUCUUGUUUCAGUCACUCAGGCUGUUACCCAACUAGAGCUUUUUGGGGACAUGUCCACUCCUCCUGAUGUAACCUCUCCCCCAACUCCUGCUACUCCAGGUGAUGCCUUUAUCCCAUCUUCAUCCCAGUCACUCCCUGCUAGUACAGACAUGUUUGGUUCUGUACCUUUCAGCACUGCUGCCGUACCCUCAGGUUAUGUUGCCAUGGGAGCUGUCCUGCCCUCCUUCUGGGGACAGCAACCACUUGUUCAGCAGCAGCUGGCCAUGGGUGCCCAGCCUCCAGUCGCUCAGGUGAUGCAGGGAGGACAGCCCAUCGCGUGGGGCCAGCCCGGCAUCUUUCCUCCCACCCAGCAGCCGUGGCCAUCCGUGGCUGGCCAGUUCCAGCCCGCUGCCUUCAUGCCAACACAAACUGUUUUGCCUUUACAAGCAGCCAUGUUUCAAGGUACCAUUGCUCCUAUAGCCACCGUCCCUCCCACGAGCGAUUCCAACAGAUCGAGUCCGCAGACAGACAGGCCCAGACAGAAAAUGGGAAAAGAAAUGUUCAAAGAUUUCCAGAUGGCUCAGCCUCCACCAGUGCCAUCAAGAAAACCAGAUCAGCCUUCCCUCAGUUGUACCUCAGAGGCCUUCUCAAGUUACUUUAAUAAAGUUGGGAUGGCACAGGAAGCAGAUGAUUGUGAUGACUUUGACAUCUCUCAGUUAAAUUUGACUCCUGUGACUUCCACGACACCAUCUACAAAUUCACCUCCAACCCCUGCACCCAGACAGAGUUCUCCAUCAAAAUCAUCAGCAUCUCAUACGAGUGACCCUGCUGCAGACGACCUCUUUGAAGAGGGGUUUGAAAGCCCAAGCAAAAGUGAGGAGCCAGAGGCUCCUGAUGGGUCUCAGGCCUCCUCCAACAGUGAUCCCUUUGGUGAGCCAACUGGUGAUACUAUAAGUCCACAGGUCGGUAGCUAGAUAGCACAGGUUGGGGAAGCAGAACCUCUCUACGCGCAGAUUAACAGACCUAAGAAAUAGCAUUGUUGCAGGCUUGUGGUGCUCCAAGACUCAAACGAAACCCAACAACCUGGCGGGCCUUUGGCUUUCAAGCUUUUUUCUGAUUGAUUUUGUCUGACAAAGGAGAGAGUUUGCCCUCCUGGACUGGCUCUACGAGUGUUCCUGAUGUGUUUUUUUGGCAACCAAUGGCAGAUUCCUAUGGCAGCACAAAACAAAAACUCUCCCUGCUUCUCAUACCACGAGUGCAGCCCCGUCUCCACAAGUGGUGGGUAUCCGGACUAGGAAAUCCUACUCCUCGGUCUUCUUUUAAACAUUUGUCACCUUCUGUGUGCCACCUACAAAUAACGAGCAUCUGAAAUGUAUUGGGCGUUAGACAUUCCUUUUUUUCUCCUUUUCAGCAAAAAGCAGAGUCUGUAUGUAGCAGUGGCAUUAUCCUCCAACAGCCUUGGGGGCACGACUCGGCACUUUUUAUGUCACGGUGACAUGUUUUUCAUCUUCAUUUACAUCAGGCUGAUCCUGACCCUUUUUUUUCCCCUAUGUAGACAUAUUUAAAAACAACAAAUACUGGUGGUGUCCUUUUUUUCUUUUCUUCUUUUUUUUUAAUUUUUUUUUUAAAUGUAUUUCUUACUCUGUAGUUUUGUAUGAGUGACAGAUCUAACAGCGAAACGCCUCCUGCGGAAAUGAUUCCCAACUUGAAACCACAGAACAGAACUCGGUUGUUUGUCCAUCCUUGACUGAAAAUGUUGCCAAAUGGACCUUUAAGUUCUAGCACAUCGUGAGGAAGAAAUGCUGCUUUCUGUUGGAAUACUCAUGUUGUGGGUAGAGAAAGGACAUCGAGUCCCACUGAGGAAAGACAAAAGAGUCAGUAUUUCCUAGGAAACUCUAAACAAAAGUGCAGAAAAGGAAUAUUUUUAUUUCUUCAGUAUCUUGCUGCUGUAAUGCUAUGCAGACAAGUGUUUUCUUCUCUGUGUGCCAUUUUUGAUGAAAAAAAAAAUCAUUUGCCAAAUAAUACUGGUAUGCUUCUGGUUUAGGAGUUUGGAUGAAGCGGACUUGACAAAUGGGACAAGGACGGCAUGGAUUUUGGAAUAACAAACUGACUCUGUGAUCAGAAUUGUUCAUCUUUAUCACUUUUUGUACAUCAGAAAAAAAAUCAAAUGGGAUUUUUAUUUUAUAACUUGAAAAAAAAAAUCUUACUGUUAAACUCUUUAAAUGUUUAAGGGGAAAUGGCUUUAAGGAGUUCGAAUGAAAAUUGCCAUUUUUUUUUGUAAAUAUAAAUGUUAUGAAAAUUCUUUUACUAAUGCCAUUACACAGUAGAGAAGGUAGCAAGUUGCAGUGCUUGGGAGGUGUGGCAAACCCAGUUUGUGGUUCUCACAUCACAUAUGUUUUUUCACAUGCUUAACAAUAAUGGGCUGAAGCUCAAGUGCAUUUGCCAAAAGCAGUCAGCUUGUCAGCAACUAGUGAAAUUAAUGGGAACACAUGAUUUUAUGGUCUAGCAUUAUCACACGGACAUAAUUCCACUUACAAGAGAUCACUUUCCAUUGACAUUCCUUUGAACCUCUGCAUAGAAGUCAUCCAACUGUUUACACGCAGAACAAAAAGAAUUUAAAACUUCCUUUUUUUACAUUUAUGAAGCAAAAAGUGCAGUGUUUGGGUUCAUAUGUUUAGCACAUGAUUUUCAUAAAGAAUCUAUAUAUUUUUGCCCUACAGAGAAUUGUUAUACAGGUCAAAUGUGUUUUCCUGAUGUUCCUAUGCAGUUACAGUAUAUUGAAUUUAGUGGUUUAACACUAAAAAGGAAAAAAAAAAGAAGAAAAAAAAAGAAAAAAGGAAAAAAGGUUAAAGAAAUCAAAGGAUUAAUCAGUUUUUAGGGUUAUUGUGCAGAUUUUGUUUUUAAAUUGACACAUUAGGAUUUACAUUUUUGUCAUGAUUAAAAUAGGCCUGGAGUUAUAAAUGUUUUGCUUUCUUUCAUCUCUGUUAUAAGCUGAAAAUGGUUUAGAAGGCAGAAUAACUGGGGUGGUGAUUGUUGGUAUGUGCAACCAAAUCUCACAACACGAUCCCAUUCUUUUGUUUUGAAUUAGAGAAAUUAGAGAAAUGUGCAUUGCCGAAUGUAUGUGAAUGAGAAAUCAGCUGUGGAUAGACCUAAUGAACCUGCAGAGUGGAGAAUUUUAUCCCCAUCCACGGUCAUCUGAUGCUUGUUCCUUAGUCAUGUGCAAACAGCUUCGUAGCAAAUCUUAUUUUCCCAUUGGAAGAUCAAGUUUUCCAACUGGAGGAGAUAAUUUAAGACCUGGUGGAUCGAGUGUUUCAGGAUUAAAAGCAGAGGUAAAAGCGUUUCUGGAGGACGCUUCUGUCAGAAUAUUUUCCUGAUUUGCACAGUGGUGCUAGUUUUUCCUCAGCUGCUUUUUUUUGGGGGUUUUGUCCUGCACAUGGAACCACAAACCCAGUUUUGGUUCAUCACAGACAUUGGAGGUUUAGUGCCAUCAGUGCAUUUCCAGUAAUGGGGUGAAACACAGAGGAAAGAAGAGAUUGGUGUCUCAGAGGAUCACAUUUGUAGGAAGCAGAUCACUCACAAAUAGGUGCUGAGGGAAUGAGGCUGGAAUUCUGGUGUCUGGGCCAUCACCACGGACCUCUGUCUUACUUUUGCUCAUGAAUAAAAGCAGAUUCUGGUUUGUCUUG